AUGGCAUACACCCUCGUCGUCCAUCUCUACGCCAAAGACGAUGCCGAAGCCAUCAAGAAAUUGACGGCCAAGCUGCAGGAAGCGAGUCAGGUGUACAGCAAGGAUAAGGAGUGUUUGAGUUGGUUUGUGAUGCAAGACCACAAAGACCCCCGAGCUUUCACGAUCGUGGAGAGAUAUGCACAUGAGAGCAGCCAGAAGUAUCAUUUGGAGAAUCCGUAUUGGCAAACCUUCGACAAGUACGUGAUCCCAUUGCUCGACAGGGAGAUGGAUCUCCGUCGCUUCAACGAGUUGGAUACGUCCAAGGAGGUCAAGGUCGAGCAGGAUGCUCAGCUUUGGGAGAAUGUGAAGAAGCAUCAGACUUACUGA